AUGGGUUCUAUUAGCAAAUCUGAAGCCAAACAAGAUAUAAGCCAUAAGCUUAUUCACAUUAUGACGAAUCCCCCGAUCGAGGAGAGCAAUGAUUACGAUCUUGAAGGAGAUGAUGGUCUUGAAGAAGAUGAUGAUGACGUUGAAUACGUUGAAGAGGAACCCAAUACACAAAAAAUUAUAAAAUUUGCGUCUGUGUAUGUGAGUGAAAUAGUGAUUAAGAAUUUUGAAAAGAGCAUCAUGAAUAAAAUGCGUAUAGAGUUGAAUGUAAGCCUGUCAAACAGCAUUAGUAAUUCAGUAUUGAGUAGUAUUUUUGAGGAGAUAGCUCACACGAUAUUGAAAAAUGUGGGAAAAUUCAAGAUUCGUUCUUUAGAUGACUCUGCAAGAUAUGAUCAAACGAUUAAUAGGCGAGAUAAGAUAUAUACAUUUUCUACAAUUGAAACGAUGACUAAUGGAAAUUAUUUUCGACCAGAUAAUAAAAAUUUCCCAUCAAUUGAUUCUAUCAUUGCGCCCGACAAGCUCUUCCAGAUGACUACUGCCAUAAAUCAUCCUAUAAAAAUGAUUGGUUUGAAAAAAGUUUAUGCCAAAUUAGCAAAGACAGGUAACAUUGAUUUUUUCUUUACUGUACCAGCGCAGUUAUUUGAAAGUUACAAAAAACAGAAGUUUGUUACUACUAAUAAUAAUAACGCUAAGAGAAAACCAUCCUGGAUUAAAAAUCGUGUCAAGCAAUAUGUUCUAGGGAUUGAUUUGAGUUCCAAAUUAGAUGAUGUCGAUGAAGGUAAUAGAUUAGGUAAUGUCAGUGGUGGUGAUGGACAUUCUUUAUUAGGUGGACAUAGAAAGAAAAAGUAA